AACGCAGUGCCGGUGCUCCCUCCGCUCCCGGUGCUCCCGCCGCUCCCGGUGCUCCGCGUUCCUCUGCCGCCCCGCGCCCCGCCGCCGACACCCCGCCACCAUGGAGGCCAUCAAGAAGAAGAUGCAGAUGCUGAAACUGGACAAGGAGAAUGCCAUCGACCGCGCCGAGCAAGCGGAGGCUGACAAGAAGCAGGCGGAGGACCGCUGCAAGCAGCUGGAGGAAGAACAGCAGGGCCUGCAGAAGAAGCUGAAGGGCACUGAGGAUGAGGUGGAGAAGUAUUCCGAGUCCGUCAAGGAGGCCCAGGAAAAGCUGGAGCAGGCAGAGAAGAAAGCUACAGAUGCUGAGGCUGAAGUGGCUUCCCUCAACCGCCGUAUCCAGCUGGUAGAGGAGGAGCUGGACCGUGCCCAGGAGCGUCUGGCCACUGCCCUGCAGAAGCUGGAGGAAGCUGAGAAGGCGGCUGAUGAGAGCGAGAGAGGCAUGAAGGUCAUCGAAAACAGGGCCAUGAAAGAUGAAGAGAAGAUGGAACUCCAGGAAAUGCAGCUGAAGGAGGCGAAGCACAUAGCAGAGGAGGCUGACCGCAAAUAUGAGGAGGUUGCCCGCAAGCUGGUUGUCCUUGAGGGAGAGCUGGAGCGCUCAGAGGAGAGAGCAGAGGUGGCAGAGAGUAAAUGUGGUGACCUAGAGGAGGAGCUGAAAAUUGUCACCAACAACUUGAAGUCCCUGGAGGCCCAGGCUGACAAGUAUUCCACCAAGGAGGAUAAGUAUGAGGAGGAAAUCAAGCUUCUAGGGGAAAAGCUGAAGGAGGCUGAGACCCGAGCGGAGUUUGCGGAGAGGUCUGUGGCGAAGCUGGAGAAAACCAUUGAUGACCUAGAAGAGCGCUCUCAGCGGGAGGCCGAGAAAAACCGUGUUCUCACUAACGAGCUGCGGGUCAUCCUUACUGAACUUAACAACUGAGCUGCCCAGAGCUCCUGGCCCCGGCCCAGCCUCCCUGCCCCAUUUUGGCCAGGCUGGCUCUGGGCUGGGAGCCCCUCCCUGCCUAGGGUGAGGCAGGGUGUGAAGCCUUGCCUUAUCCUCAUAGGGAUAACUAUCCUGCUUGGGCAGGACAGGGAGCCCCUCUGGAGUUGAUCAGUCUUGUGAGAGAAAUAUGAAGGGUUUUUUUGAUGUCCUGGGGUUCCCACGUAGUGAUGGCUGUCCUCUGGCAUCAUCCUGGCUCUGCUGGGGAGGGAUGCAGAGGUUUGUAUUGCUGCCUUUCUCCCCUUGUCCCAGGAGUCACUGGGCAGCCUCUUCUUCCUCACUCUGGUCACUCCAAACUGUGCAGAGAGGAUCCCUUUAGAAAGAGGUCCUUGGAGGAUGUUGGGAAGGCUGGGGAAGGAGCUGGGGAUCCAGCAGCACCUGCUGCCCCAAACUUGGAACAGGGAAGAGGCUAGCAGGGCACACUGCGAGAUGAGGCAGGGUGGAUAGCAGUCUUGUUCCUGGGGGAAGCAGGAUGCCAUUUUGAAGUGCACACCAGAGGGAGGCUGCCUUGGCAGCAGGCUGCCUGGCAGAGCUUAUCCCUGUAGCCUUGUUAGCUCUGCUCCUUAUCUCUCUGUUGUCCUCUGCCCACUCUCCUGGGCUGUUAAUGGGCUGUUUUCUCACUCCUUUUCUUCACGGAGCACUGCUGGGUCAUGCAGCAGGCACUGAUUCUCCGCUUCUGCUGGCCAAGGUUUUGUGCACGUGCCCACAGCUGGCCAGUGGUGAUGCCCCAGUGCCUGGCCAAAUAAUGGUACUCACCAGCAGCACCUAAGCUGCAGAGUGCUCAGCCAUGGGCAAUGGGGCAUCCUGGGAAGAUGGAAAUGCUGAAGAGUGGUAACUGCCUGUGCCAGUGACCAGCCUGACUGGCCUGGCUUCCCUGGCAGGUCCCAGGGUGGCUGGACUCAUCCCUGCCAGAAGUGGGGCUACUUGUGGGGACUAUACUCCACAGGGGACGCCCCGUUUGACUGGAGGCCAUUGCUGUACUGAAAUGUCCAUCUGUGUGUGUGUGUCUGUGCUUGGUGUGGUGUGUGUGGGUCCUGCUGCACCUGGGUAUAUUUGGGUUGUGUCUGUGUGUGUGGCUGGGUGUCCCUUGU